CCGGAGGACGAUCCAGAUUACAUUGACCUUGGUGGUGCGAUCCUUACUUUCUACUCGGUACUCGUUGACCUGCUCGGUCGGUGCGCGCCCGAUAUGGAGACAACGAAGAGCGAAUCCGUGCGAGCCAGAUCCAUCCUCCAGUCCCUGGUCAGUAUGGCCGAUCUCGAGGGCGUGCUGUCGCUUCGUUUCCUUUUGCCACCUCCCAAGCUUGAAGUACAGGCAAGUUCAGCCCAAAAUAAUGCUCACUCGCUAUUUUUAAUGACGGCCCCCGGUUACUUGACCGGCGAUUCUUUUGUAUAA